AUGGGGCAUAAUACUUCUAGAGCAUUGAUUACCACUAGCCCACAUGUGCUGCACAUAGACAAGCCGGCAGUGAGAUGCACUCUCCACCACACUCGGGGGCCAGUGACAUGCUGCGGGCCCUGGGAACUGCCGCUGCCCAUCAAUCGCAUACUUACGCAUACGCGCUCGCUGUCAUCCUCGUCGUCGUCUUCGUCGUCGCUGCUCUCCGAUCCGAGUCAGGCCCAGCCGCUGUCCCCUACCCGCUGCAUUGGUGUUGGCGGCCUGCCCGAAUCGCCCAUUACCCAUUGCCCAUUGCGCACAGCACAUCGCCCAUCACCCGUCGCGUCCACUUGCGUGCCGACCACCCAUCACCACCGACCGUUGCGGCAACCCUCCCCAACAACGGUCCUUGAAACAAAAUGCCCCGGCACGCAUAACUGCAUUAGCCCAGCCAAUGAUUCAUACUGUCUCAUGGAACUAUUCUGGAAGACACGUCGCCCUUCCAAAUUCAGCUCAUUGUGCCUCAGGCCCUAG